AGGACCUCAUCCUCCCCACCAGAGUUUCUUCGAAGCAUAACCAUGUCCAUGGCUCUCGCGCCAACACUAACUUCUCCCCAUCUCCGACCAACCUCCUCCGCCGCCGGCGUCCACCACCACGGCCGAAUUCUCAGUCUCUUGGAACAGUGUACUGACAUUUCCUGUCUGAAGCAACUACAUGCCUUCACUCUCCGCACCACUUUCCCUCGCAACCACGCUACUCUCUUCCUCUACGGAAAAAUCCUCCACCUCUCUUCUUUCUCAUUCUCCGAUCUCAAUUACGCUUUUAGGGUCUUCAACACGAUCGAAAAACCUAGUUCCUUCAUGUGGAACACUCUCAUCAGAGCUUGUGCUCACGAUGUCGCGAGGAAGGAAGAAGCUUUGCUACUCUACAAGACCAUGUUGGAGACAGGGGAUACAGGACCGGAUAAGCAUACUUUCCCGUUUGUGUUGAAGGCUUGCGCUUAUGUUUUCGGUUUGCCGGAAGGGAAACAGGUGCAUUGUCAGAUUCUGAAACAUGGGUUGAGCUCGGAUGUGUACGUGAACAACGGUUUGAUUCAUUUGUACGGGUCAUGUGGAUGCUUGGAUUUAGCGCGGAAGGUGUUUGAUGAAAUGCCGGAGAGAAGUGCUGUUACGUGGAAUGCGAUGAUCGAUGCGUUGGUUCGGGUCGGGGAAUACGAUUCUGCGUUGGAACUGUUCAGACAGAUGCAGAGAACUUUCGAACCUGAUGGUUAUACUAUGCAAAGUGUUCUUAGUGCUUGCGCUGGUCUCGGUUCUUUACCACUCGGUAUCUGGGCACACGCCUUUCUGUUGCGAAAAUGUGAUGUCGAUGCUGGAAUGGAUGUUCUGAUCAAGAACUCGUUGAUAGAUAUGUACUGCAAAUGCGGGUCAGCGAAAAUGGCUGAGCAGGUUUUCCAGGGGAUGCUGAAAUGUGAUGUAGCUACAUGGAACUCGAUGAUUUUAGGGUUUGCUAUGCACGGAAAAGCUGAGGAAGCUCUGGAUUGUUUCACUCGCAUGGUGAAAGGCGGGGACUUGAGACCGAAUGCAGUAACAUUUGUCGGGGUUCUGAGCGCGUGCAAUCACAGAGGCAUGGUGAAAGAAGGACGAGAGUAUUUCGACGCGAUGGUCAGAGAUUACAACAUUAAACCUGUGUUGGAGCAUUACGGUUGUAUCGUAGAUCUUUCUGCUCGUGCAGGCUUUAUUACCGAGGCUCUUGACCUGGUGAAGAAUAUGCCCAUGAAACCCGAUGCCGUGGUCUGGAGAAGCCUUCUUGAUGCUUGUAGCAAAAAGGGUGGAACUGUUGAGCUAAGCGAAAAAAUUGCCAGACGAAUCAUCGGAACAGGGGAAGAGAAUGAAAGCAUCAAUAGUGGAUACAGUGGCGGAUACGUUCUGUUGUCUAGAGUCUAUGCGUCGGCUAGCAGGUGGAACGAAGUUGGAAUUGUCCGGAAACUAAUGACUGAUCAGGGAAUCACGAAAGAACCCGGAUGCAGUUCCAUAGAGAUAAACGGCAUUUCCCAUGAAUUUUUCGCGGGAGACACAUCCCAUCCUGAAACAGAGCAGAUAUAUAAACAGUUGAAUGUGAUCGAGGAGAAGCUGAAAUCUGUUGGGUAUUCACCAGAUCAGUCACAAGCUCCAUUGGUAGAUGUGUGUAAUGAUGAUGAUGAUGAUAGCAAGGAGAAUUCCCUCAGGCUCCACAGUGAGAGGCUUGCCAUAGCAUUUGGUCUGAUAAACUCGAAACCCGGUGCUCCAAUCCGUGUCUUCAAGAAUCUACGGGUAUGCAGCGAUUGCCACGAGGUGACUAAACUGAUCUCAGGAGUCUUCGAGACUGAAAUCAUAGUGAGAGAUCGUGUUCGAUUCCACCAUUUCAAAGAUGGGUCCUGCUCUUGUUCAGAUUACUGGUGAUGCUGCAGACUGGCAAGGUACCUUUGUUGCAGAAACAGAGGAAUCUGAAGAAUAUCAGCACUGGAUUCAGCAGAUAAACUAUAAUACAUUUUCAUUCCACAACUCAGCUUAUUAGAUAAUUCAGCUACAUUCUCUGCAGAACAGAGGACACCAUUAUCAGAGGCAGGACAGGGUUAGAUAUAACACAGAAAAAUGGCGAGAGAUGCAGAGAAAGGAGUCACGUUUUUUGAGGAUACCAACUGGUAGCAGAAUCAGAGCUUCAAGACGCAAAACAACAGGAGCACAGGUCGGAAAUUAGAGGUCCUGAAACAUAAUGCAAAAAAUCUGCAUUCGCAAGUGAGAUGCAAGCAGAUAGUCUGUGCUAUUAGGAAUAAUAGCUAAAUAGACCAUGGAAUGAGAAGGCUAUUUGUUACAUGUACCAGAACAUAAUUGAAAAUGGUCUGUUCUAUUGGGAAUUUGGGAAUAAUGGGUAAAGAGACCCUGGAAUGGGAAUGCUAUGUGUUACAUGUUCUGAAACAUCUGCAUUUCCAAAUGAGAUGCAAAAUAGAGGGUUCUGUUAUUUUUUGAAGUCGAUAUUACCUCAGUGGUUUUGUUUUCUUAUUUGCUCCAUGAGACGCAGUGCCAUUAGCUCUCGUUAUUGUUAUAGUGUGAUGGAAUUGGUUAUGUGUUU